UCUCCAUCAGUAGACAUCAUGGAGAACACAAAAUCUGCAAUGGUGGGGCCGCUGGAGAGGAAAGUGCGAAAGAGACCGAGACCCAUAGCGACAAUCAAGACCAAACUAUGCCAAACUCUCUCUUGCUCAGUGCCAAAAGCAAAGAGCAUUGUAACAGGGUUCUUUCCUGUGGUGCUCUGGCUGCCUAAAUACAAGCUGAAGGAAUAUAUCUGGGGUGAUAUUAUGUCUGGGCUCAUAGUGGGUAUAAUUCUGAUUCCUCAAGCUAUAGCUUAUUGCCUGCUGGCAGGCCUGGACCCUAUUUAUGGUCUCUACACCUCAUUCUUUGCCAACAUCAUCUAUUUCUUCAUGGGAACCUCCAGACAUGUGUCUGUGGGUAUUUUCAGCCUUAUGAGUCUCAUGGUGGGCCAGGUUGUUGACCGAGAAGUUUAUCUGGCAGGGUUUGAUUUGAGUGAGGACAGUAAAACAAGAACAUCUGAUGGUCCUUUGAACAUCACUGGACACUCCAACAGCAGUGCAAUCAACUUCACAAUAAAUGGCUUCGGUGUGGAAUGUGGAAAGGAAUGCUAUGCUAUUAGCAUAGCAACAGCUUUAACUUUACUUGCUGGUGUUUAUCAGGUACUGAUGGCUGUUUUCAGAAUGGGCUUCGUCUCAGUUUACCUUUCAGCUCCAAUGCUAGAUGGCUUUGCCACCGGUGCCUCGUGUACUAUUCUCACUGUGCAGGCCAAAUACCUUCUGGGGCUCAAAAUCCCACGUCACCAGGGCCUUGGCACGGUGGUGGUCACUUGGAUCAACAUCUUCAAGAACAUUCACAACACCAACUACUGUGAUCUGAUUACAAGUGCCAUUUGUAUAUUUGUUCUAGUCAUGGGGAAAGAGAUCCAGGACAAGUAUAAGGACCGGCUGAAGAUACCUCUACCCACAGAGCUGGUAGUGGUGGCAGUUGCCACUAUUGUGUCUCAUUUUGCUGACCUUAAUGGACAGUAUGGUUCCAGUAUUUCAGGGUCCAUUCCAACAGGGUUCAUUCCUCCAAAGGUACCCAGUUUUGGGCUAAUGCCCAGAGUAGCCCUUGAUGCCAUUCCCCUGGCUGUGAUCAGUUUUGCUUUCACAGUUUCUCUGUCUGAAAUGUUUGCCAAAAAGAACGGCUACACAGUUCGACCAAACCAGGAGAUGAUAGCGAUCGGUUUUUGUAACAUCAUCCCUUCCUUCUUCCAUUGCUUCACCACAAGUGCUGCUUUGGCCAAGACCAUGGUGAAAGACUCAACUGGUUGUCAGACACAGGUUUCCAGUGUGAUUAGCGCAUUAGUUGUCCUCUUAGUGCUACUGUUCUUUGCUCCAUUCUUCUACGCCUUGCAGAAGUGUGUUCUGGCCUGCAUCAUUAUUGUCAGUUUAAGAGGUGCACUGCGCAAGUUCAGAGAUGUUCCGAAGCAGUGGCACCUCAGCAAAAUUGAUGCUAUUGUCUGGUUAGUCAGCAUGAGCUCAGCUGCUCUGAUAAGUGUAGAAAUUGGUCUUCUGAUUGGAGUUGUUUUCUCCAUGCUUUGUGUGGUGGCACAGACGCAAAAACCAAAGGUUUCUCUUCUGGGCCAAGUGGAGAACACAAGCCACUAUGACGACAUGGAGGAGUAUAAUCAUCUUCUGCCUGUUCCAAAGGUGAAGAUCUUUCGUUUUCAGGCUCCACUGUACUAUGCCAACAAGGACUUUUUUUUGAAGUCAUUAUAUAAGGCAGUUAAUCUAGAACCAUUCCUUGAAAUCGCCAGAAGGAAGAAACUGGAGAAAAAGGCCAAAGAAAAAAAAUCAAAACAGAUGGACGAGACAGAACAGGCAAACGGUGAUGAUGGUAUAGGCUUCAUUUCCACUAAAUUAGAUUUCCACACCAUUAUUUUAGACUGUUCCUCAAUACCCUUUGUGGACACUGCAGGAAUGAACACCUUAAAAGGCUUGGUUAAAGACUACAAUGGAGUCGGUGUGACGGUUCUACUAGCCUGUUGUAACACAUCAGUCAUUGAUUCUUUGAGACGAGGCUCUUUUUUUGGAAAGGCUGACAUAGACAUGCACAGUUUGGUCUUCCAUACGGUUCAUAGUGCAGUUUGUUUUGCCACUGACACCAUAGCCACAGUUGGCAACACACCUGUAUAA